UUCACUAAGCAUAACCUUUAGGUAAUAACCAUAACUACCAAAACUCAAGGACAUUUCAUAUCAUAUCUUAACCUUACACAACACAAGAGAUAGAAGAAAGCUUUUGCAGAAAAUUGUUUUUAAAAUAUAAUAUAUUAUAUUCUCUUUCAUCAGGUUUUCUGAAAGAAAAAAAAACAAUGUUUAUUUUAUCAUAAAAAAAUUAUAUAAAUAAUGGGUAGAGGAAAGGUAGAGUUAAAGAGGAUUGAGAAUAAAAUAAAUCGUCAAGUAACAUUUGCAAAGAGAAGAAAUGGGUUACUCAAGAAGGCUUAUGAACUUUCUGUGCUUUGUGAUGCUGAGGUUGCUCUUAUUAUUUUCUCUAACCGUGGAAAGCUCUAUGAAUUCUGCAGUGGAACAAGCAUGGCUAAGACCCUUGAACGGUACCAAAGAUGCAGCUAUGGAGCCUUGGAAUUACACCACCAAAAUGAAAUUGAGACACAGAAGCGCUAUCAAGAGUAUCUCAAGCUAAAAUCAAAAGUCGAGGGACUACAACAAACACAGAGAAACUUUCUUGGAGAAGAAUUGGAGCAGUUAGAUAUUAGGGAGCUUGAGCAGCUAGAACGUCAGUUAGACUCUUCCUUAAAGACAAUCAGGUCAAACAAGACACAGCAUAUGCUUGAUCAACUCACAGAUUUGCAAAGAAAGGAAGAGAUGCUACUGGAGACUAAUAAUAUCCUCAGGAACAAGUUGGAGGAAAUUAAUGUGACCCUUCAACCAACAUGGGAAUCUAGGGAGCAAAAUGGCCCCUAUAGCUGCCCCCCUCACCAAUCAGAGGGAUACUAUGAGAAAGCACGUUGCAAUAGUACAUUGCAAAUUGGCUACAAUUCUUCAAUGCUAAAUGAAUCAGGAGGAGCUGCAGGAACCUCAUCUCAGCAUGCUAAUGACUUCAUGAAUGGAUGGAUGAACUGAGUUUAUAAAUUUUAGUUUAAUAAAUGAUUUUAUAAGAAAUCUAAAGCUUAUGUUGUGCCUAAAAUAAAAGGCUAUAAUAUAUAAUAGAUUUCAUGCAGCAUAAAACCUUGAUAAGGUGUAUUUCUUUGAGGAAUUUGGAAUUUCUUUUCCCAAACUGAUUCCUUUGUACUUAUUUACACAUUUGAGUUUACCAAUAAGGGAAACGAUUAAACAAAGUAUUCUUAUAUUGA